UAACAAAGAUUUCUAACGUAACAAAAAAAUAACAAUUAAAAUGAGUGGGGCUUCGGAAGUCACUGUCAAGAAUUGGCUUCAGACAUAAGACCUAACUAAAUGUCUACAUCACAUUUAUAAACUGUCACAAGUACUUGUGGCAGUGCUAAAAAAAUCUAAGAAUAGUCAGAAUGGAAUCUAAUCAUAUUUGUUAUGAAUUAAAGUAAUAUCUAGGAUGUCGAAUGGUGGAUAAAGUUUAGGAAUCCAAACAGUAUUAUCAAAGAUCAUUUAAGUUUUUUCUAUUGUGAAGUUGCUUUUUAUAUCAUCGCUUUCCUCACUUUCUCUCACGCUUUCCGUGUUGGAGGACGAUAUAAAUGGUUAUGGAUAGCCUCGUUAUUGCACGGUUUAACAGUCGAAUGUGUUAGUUAUUUUCUACCAGAUAUAGAUAAUUUCUGGCACGCACAAAGUAUGGUGAUGCUUCUAGGACAGCGGCUACCAUUACAUAUUGUACUUCUAUACCCAGGGUUUAUUUACACAGCCGCCAUUGCUGUAUCUCAGAUGAAGUUAAGAUCGUGGGCAGAACCAUUCGCAGUGGGCCUAGCUGUAGUGCUGUUAGACAUACCUUAUGAUAUUAUGGGUAUCAAAUUACUGUGGUGGACUUGGCAUGAUGAUGACCCAAAUAUCUAUGACCGCCAUUACUGGGUUCCUUGGACCAGUUAUUACUUCCAUGCUGCCUUUGCAUCGUCCUUCACCUUUAUUUUCAACCAUAGUCGCCGAUUACUCUGUCAGAGUACUGGUAAAUUUCAGUCAUCUGGUUGCAUUAUAGAAACUAUUUGUGCUGUUAUAACUGGACUAUUUUCGAUGCCUCUAGGAGUUCUACAGUUUGUACCUAUCUAUCAUUAUUUCCAUGACCAGUUAAACAUCCACACUGAAGUAUGUCUGUUGCUAUUGUUAGCAACUUACGUAAUGAUUGUUUGGAGCUCAGAUAGAGUGCCGUAUCUUAAUGCUAGAAUAGGCGGUGUUUCAAAAAGAAGUAUAUUAGAACUGAUUAUGAUAGUAUUAUUCCACUAUAGUCUGUAUAUCUACCUGGUAAUAACGGAGAAACCUCAGUAUAUUCAAUCUACAGGUUAUCAUCAAUCAAUAGGAUCAUGUACCGAGAAGGUUCCAGUAAAAACACCUUUUGGACAGGUGUUAUCAAAGAGAAAACAUUUAUGUCUUUUGAAUUACGACGAGGAUGUGUUCAACUUUAAAUGUUUAGACAAACGACCAGCGAAUGGCGCAGAAUGGUACACAAUCUGUGGAACCCCGUAUCCUAACCACCUCGAAUAUAUCAUCGUAGUCACGGCUUUUUGUGUUUUUGGCCUUUUCUUCUAUUUUCAAGCUAUGUUGCGUUCGGGUCAUCUGUCACCAACGAAAGCGGCAAAGGUCAAACAUCAUAAAGAGUAGUCGUUUCCAUAACUACCGAGCAUUAAAAGGGCAUGGACAGGGUUUGAUUAGUUUAGAAAAUAAAAUCGCUUGUUUGAUUAAA